GUCCGCCAAUAGCGGCUUCGUGUCUUCCUGUUUACAUCUCUGGAGACAUCGGCUUAUACUUCAGCACAUGCGAUGGAGAUCUUGACCUCAACGAUUGUCCGUCCUAUUCUUGACCGAUGAUGCCACCGCCGCUAGACGCGAGGAGACAUCGCAUCGCCAGCCAUGGCCAAGUCACGGCCUGACAACAGUAGCCUACCGGACCCGGACUCGUUCUCUGUAGAAGACGCUGCUGAUAUCUCCACGAAUUCCCAGAAGCCGCGGCAAUGGACGUCGUCCGAAUCAACCAGUCUAGGCGCGUCAACCUCUUCGACAUCCGAUCCCAUACGCUCAGACCUCCCUGGACGGUCGACCUCAGCUCGAGACGGAGCAGGACGGAGUGAUACAUAUGCCCCGGUCGGUCACCAUGCUACUGAUGGACAAGAUCAGAAAGAAGAUGGCGCCCCCGAUUGGUAUGUCGAAGGACCAGGACGACGAGUCGGGUACGACGAUUUGACUGCAAUUGACUGGAUCUACGAAUACACGAAAGAGAGACAGCGGUUGAAGAGACUAGUCGCACUCAACUCAGGAUUUACGGGGCAGCUGCGACAGUUGUUUGAUGCAAGUCACGUCUGGGUGGUCCUCGUCGCGAGUGGCAUUUCCGUUGGCUGCGUUGCGGCCAUCAUCAACAUCGCCUCCGACUGGUUAGGAGACCUGAAGACAGGCUAUUGCAAGAAGGGCACUGGUGGUGGACAGUUCUAUCUGAACAAGCAGUUUUGCUGUUGGGGUCACGACGACUUCUCUCAGUGUCAAGACUGGACUCCGUGGCCAUCUGCUUUGGGUGUUCGAUCCCCGGGUGGUGGCUAUAUUAUAAAUUACAUUUUCUUCAUUGCGUUCUCAAUUCUCUUUGCGGUGUCCGCUGCCGUUCUUGUACAACAUUACUCUAUUUAUGCCCGACACAGCGGGAUUCCGGAAAUCAAGACUCUACUUGGAGGCUUUGUCAUCAGGCGCUUUCUUGGAGGUUGGACUUUGAUCACGAAGUCUUUAGGGCUGUGCCUUGCAGUUGCAUCAGGCAUGUGGCUCGGUAAAGAAGGCCCUUUUGUCCACCUUGCAUGCUGCUGUGCCAACAUCAUAAUGAAACCAUUCGAGUCUCUCAGCCAAAACGAAGCGCGCAAACGAGAGAUUUUGUCAGCGGCGGCGGCUUCGGGCAUAUCUGUUGCCUUUGGAUCACCUAUUGGUGGCGUACUGUUCUCUCUCGAGCAGUUGUCAUACUACUUCCCGGACAAAACGAUGUGGCAAUCAUUCGUCUGCGCCAUGGUUGCUGCAGUCACCCUUCAUGCCUUAGACCCAUUUCAUACCGGGAAAAUCGUCCUGUAUCAAGUCACGUACACGACAGGGUGGCACAGCUUCGAAAUCAUACCAUUUAUCCUCCUUGGUGUCAUUGGCGGUGUGUACGGCGGCAUGUUCAUACAAUUGAACAUGUUGAUCGCACGUCUGAGGAAGUCAUCCAUUUACCCACUUCGGGAGAGGCCUCUUCUCGAAGUCUUGAUCAUUGCGGUGAUUUCGGCACUGGUCAAUUUCCCAAACACUUUUAUGCGAGCUCAGCUGUCAGAGUUGGUUUACUACCUGUUCGCGGAAUGUGCUACCAUCGGCAACAACGACAUCUUUGGUCUCUGUAAAGCUACGACUGCUGGAGCCUUGUCAAUGUCAUGGCUAUUGAUCGCUGCCUCUUUUCUCGGAUUCCUCCUCGCCAGCAUCACUUUCGGUGCACAGAUCCCGGCUGGUAUAAUACUGCCAUCCCUCGCAAUCGGAGCGCUCUAUGGCAGGGCCCUUGGAGUUCUGGUGCAACUGUUACAAAAACACUUCUCGACCUCGUUGCUGUUUGCAGCAUGUGAACCCGAUGUACCUUGUAUCACCCCUGGGACAUACGCCAUCGUGGGUGCAGCUUCAGCAUUGGCCGGCGUCACACGGAUGACUGUAUCCAUUGUGGUCAUCAUGUUCGAGCUGACAGGCGCACUCACGUACGUCCUGCCAAUCAUGAUUGGGGUCAUGCUUGCGAAGUGGAUUGGAGACGCAUUCUCAAAACGUGGCAUCUAUGAGUCCUGGAUCCAUUUCAAUGAGUACCCAUAUCUGGACAAUAAAGAUGAUCCCAAUAUGCCUCAUGUGGCCGUCUCCAACAUCAUGACGAAGAUGGAGGAGAUGACAUGCCUGGAUGCUGGUCGCCCUCAUACGAUUGAGGAGCUGCAGAAGAUCCUUCGCACGACUUCCUUUCGUGGCUUUCCAGUGGUGGCGUUCAAGCGAGGAACGUCCGACGAUAAUGCUCAUGUGCCUCUAUCUCGACAGUCACCACGAGAUAACACUUUUCUGGGGUACAUAUCCAGGACAGAGCUCUCCUAUGCAUUGGACCGGGCUCUGGGACCAGCGAAUACCCCUCAUAGCUCUGGAAAUGCCAAUCUUCGAACGCCAUGCUACUUUACCUACCAUGCUGAUGUCGUUGCUGGCCGUGGCAUAGACUUGCGACCAUGGAUGGAUCAGACCCCGAUCACUCUCAAUGUGCAUAGCUCAUUUCAAUUGGCAGUGCAUAUGUUCCAGAAGCUUGGUCUACGAUACCUCCUUUUCGUUGAUAGGGGUGCCUUUCGAGGGUUCCUUACUAAAAAGGACGUCUGGUGGAUUCUGUCCGCAUCAGGAGAUGAGCAAAAGGGCGAUGGGUUUGUUGCUGGCGCUGGAAUACUUCGGGAAGAGGGUGGUGAGGACGAUGCGCCCGACGAAGCGAGAGGACUUCUUUACCAGGAAUCAGACCACCUCGAUCAGCGUGAAACACCAAGGUAGCAUUCAUUUUACAACGUUCGAAACCUUCCUCUCGCCCUGAUCGUGUCAUGAACGCGGCUUAUUGACAGUUAUACGAACACGGAAAUGCCACAUGAAUGUGGUAAGGCUGUUUCUGGCCGGUGAGCAUGGAUCAGACAUGUCGCUGGGACAGGGAGCAACCAAAUC